AUCACAGAAUUGUUUGGGUUGGAAGGGACCUUAAAGCUCAUCCAGUUCCAGUCCCCUGCCAUGGGCAGGGACACCUUCCUCUAGACCAGGUUGCUCCAAGCCCUGUCCCGCCUGGCCUUGAGCACUGCCAGGGAUGGAUGACCUUGAAGAUCUAUUUUGUUUUAUUUGGGGUAGCCCAGGUCAGCCCCUUCAGUGCUACCCAAAAUCCUGUGCCCCCCUUGAGCAGCGGUGAUUUGCCACCGCAGCAGCACACGUUCAGCUCUCUCAACCCCAACCUCACCUGUGGCCACCAGCCCUCCAGCCCAUGCUCUUAGGGGGCUCCCCAAACCCAAGCUCACCAAGUUAAAACCCUAACCCCCUCCAAGGGCAACCCAGUCCCAGCCAGCACCCACAGCUGUGCCCAGCAGCCGCUGUCCCCCCUUCAUCAACCCACUGGGGUCAGGCCACAUCUUUGUGCUGCAGAUGCCAUGGGCUCCCGGCACUUCCCUGCCCGCACCGUGCUCUUUGAGAAGGAGUCCAACGGUGUCACGUACCGGGUGCCUGCCCUGCUCUACCUGCCCUGCGUGGCCAAGCUGCUGGCGUUCGCGGAGGAGCGGCUGAGUGCGGACGAUGCCCACGCCAACCUGCUGGUGCUGCGCCGCGGCUCCAUCUACGGCAGAUACGUGGAGUGGGAAGACAUGCGUGUGCUGGAGACGGCGACGCUGCAGCACCACCGCUCCAUGAACCCCUGCCCGCUCUACGAUGAGUUCACCGGCACCCUCUUCCUCUUCUUCAUCACGGUGCUGGGCAGGACACCCGAAGCCUACCAGAUUGUCACCGGCCAGAAUGUCACCCGCCUCUGCUGCAUCACCAGCACUGACCAGGGCCUGAGCUGGAGCAAAGCCACGGACCUGACACAGCAGGUCAUUGGUGGGGCCAUCAAAGACUGGGCAACGUUUGCACUGGGCCCUGGGCACGGGAUCCAGCUGCGGUCUGGCCGGCUGCUGGUGCCUGCCUACAGCUACCACAUCGACUGCAAGGAGUGCUUCGGACAGCUCUGCAAGACCACCCCCCACUCCUUCGCCUUCUACAGCGACGACCACGGCCGAGGCUGGCGCUUCGGGGAGUUCAUCCCCAACCUGCAGACAGGCGAGUGCCAGCUGGUCUCAGUGGACGAGGAGGAUGGCUCCAACGUCCUCUACUGCAACGCCCGCAGCCCCCUGGGCUUCAGGGUCCAGGCACUCAGCACGGACGAUGGGGCCGUCUUCCAUGGGGGGCAGCUGGUGCAGCGGCUGGUGGAGCCCCCCCAUGGCUGUCACGGCAGCGUUGUCGGCUUCCCCGCACCUUUUGUCUAUGUCCCCGCCACCCCCCAGGACCCCCUGAUGCCCGUGCGGGGCUCAGCUUCCCAGAUGCUCCCUGGGAUACUCCCAGGGUUUCGGUACCUGCCUGCUGUGUGGGCUGCGGGUGAUGAGCUGUCUGCAGUGGCCACCAGCAGCCAGCAUGAGCCAGCUGAGCCUAAGGAGGGCUGUCCUACCCCAGGGCAUCACGGCCAUGCCCAUGGCAACACCUUGGUCCAAAGGGACCCCGUGGUGACCUCCAGGCCCACUGGCUUCUUCCAAGCACCCACAUGGAUCCUCUACUCCCACCCCACCAGCUCCAUGUCACGGGUCAACAUGGGGGUUCACCUGAGCACCUUCCCCAGGGAUGCAGAGAGCUGGACUGAGCCAUGGGUCAUCUACGAGGGCCCAAGUGCUUACUCAGACCUGGCUUACAUGGAGCUGCCCUACAGCGAGGUCCCCAUCGCUGGUGGCCCAGCCAUUGCUUUUGCCUGCCUCUAUGAGAAUGGGACACGGUCGCCUUAUGAGCAGAUCUCCUUCAGCAUGUUCACACUGCACGAUGUGCUCCAGAACAUCCCCCUGACAGCCACUGGUUCCCAGCAGGAUGGCAGCUCCCCACGCUGCAGGAAGCAGGGGAGAAGGAGCUGCCUCGUCUCUUAGUGCCCCCCAAGGUUGGCUCUCCCCCCAGUCCCUCAGCACCAGUCCCCAGGGCACCAACCCAGAGACCAGCGCACUGGGAUGCUCACAGGGCUCCUGCCUUCAGCCAUCAUGGCUGCAUCACAGAAGGCAUGUGUUACCAUCCCCAGGCUGGGGGUUAGCUGGGUGUUAUUGCUGGCUUUAACUCCUGUAGUUGGUUGGGCACGGAGGCUCCUGCCACCAGCCCAGUCCUGGGCUCCUUUCCAUUGAUAACACAGGGAUGUUCUUGUUAUUGCACAGACCUGCUCCUCAGCUCACCCCACCAGUGAGCAGUCUGGGGUGCA